AUGACAAACUACAUCGAAAAGUCCGCCCAUCGGCUCGAGAGGGAGCUCCACCUAGACUCGGAGAUAUCGGAGAAGAUCCAGACCAUCAGUGAUCUCGAGAGGGACCUGUACCAGAAUCCUUCCUCCAACUCCCGGUUCAAUCAUGAGGCCGCUGAUAUCCUUGCGAGAACCAAGAAAGAGCUGCAGGAGCUGGAUGCCGCAAAGAAUGACCCCCUGUACGCCGUCAACACAUGGUUGAACCUCUUCGACAUGUAA